AUGGACGACCGAACUGGACACGUGGACAUUGCAGGGACAGCGAUCCUGCGCACUCUGCAAGACCGACAGGACCAUACCUUGCGCGUCAGAGUGUCAAUGGACGCUUCCCCGAAUGAUCCGGACGGGUCACUGGUUUCAUCUGGGGAAGACUAUGCGUUCGCACCUGACUAUGAUGUGACACCCUACUAUGCGGAGAGUGCAGUCUCCCAAAUCUCGAACGCUCCAACACCUGCACUGUACACGGACAGUCAGGGACAGCCCAGAUGGAGUCGGUCUGCUUCGUUGAGCAUUCCUGAGCCUCAGACUCAGGGCCUAAACUUUGUGCAGAUAAGAGACUGGAACCCUGACGCAGCUUACGAUGAGCAGCCGCCUAGGUACCUCCACUACCGGAUCGACUGGAGACUGAUGAUCAAUAAAUCGAUUGUAUCCAGAAAUACCAUUGAGGACAUCGUACUACAGCCGACCUCGUACGGCCCCUGCGUCCUCCUGCCUCGACUUGAAGAGGUGUUGAAGAGAAAGAUUCUCCCCCCUCGGUCUGUUCGACCCAAUGAGACAGAUAUUGAGAUAAAGGUGACACAAAGAUCCGAGGACGAUUUUGUGGCGCAAUACGCAAAAACAGAUGUUGACUGGCUAAAAGUGGAGAGUAAACUGCUGCAAUGGAGUGAGCUAUUUCGUAAAGGGAAGAAGCUGCGAGUGAAUAUCUGCUUUCGGUAUGUGGAAAUCACUACGGAGUUUGCAUCGAACUUCGUCAACGCAAAUGGCAAACGAGCAAGAGGUAGUGCCACAGAGCAACAGCGGGCUGAACUCACGGAUGAGGCGAACGCCGAACAAGCGUUGACGGGCCGACCAGCCGCAUGGCAGAGUAUGUACCGUCUUUUCCACUGUCCCGGUCCACCCUGUGACUUGCGACCUUGGUGUUGGUUCGAUUCUCAAAAGAACAAGCGAUUUGAACUCAAAACACAUCACCUUCGGACCCUCAUUCGCCGUAAGGGAACCGGAGUCGUGAUAGAGUCGCAUGAGGACAUGCCCGAGGAUCUCCGAGAACAGAUUUACAGGGAAGCGGAGCAGAGUGAGCGGCGCAAACAGACUCACAGCACGGCACCCGCCUCCAGCGUGCUGCCAAUCCAAAUCACCAAUGUCCUGCCAGCUCACACGGCAGCACAGGCGGCACCAGUCACCAAAGCAGAAGUGAGCCCAAUCAGCUUUCAUGGGUUUCGUGAUGAGCGUCUCAAGGACUAUGGCAGCUGGCUGCAAUCAACAAUCAAAGACUCAUCCUGGAGAGCGGGUUUUCAGAAGGCCACCGACUUUCUGGUUCGCAAAUGCAUCGACCUACAACUUCUCUUUGAGGAAGAAAAUCCGGAUCCUCAGUGGCUCGCCAGUGAGGCAGGAGUGGAGAUAGGUAUCGCAAAGCGAUUCUAUCGCGACAUCAAACAGUUCCACAAACGAUGCAAGCUAGAUCAUGCGGAUAACCAACAAGGAGAGCGGAUUCUUCAGUAG